ACGAGAGCAGGAGAGUCGCCGUCGCGCUGGGAAGGAAGUGGGAAAAUUAAGGAUUCAGGAAAAUUAAUUUAUUUACAAAACAGCCUUAUGGUCCAGAGGUACUUUUCUAAAUCGCGACGCGUGACAUAAAGAAGCAGAGGAGGAAGAGAGGCGGCAGGAGGCAGCGCGCAAGAAUGGAAAUUCUAUUCAAUUCUACUCUCGUGGUUCCGGUGGCGUUUCUGACAGGUUACUGUACAUCGGAUGCGUGUGUGCGUUGUGAAACCUGCUAGGUGAGAAAAGCUGCGCGCACACGUCCGUGGUGAUGUGCAGACGCACUGACACAAACAUCGCACUUCAGCUCACACUUACCGACAGUUGGACCCGGGAAUGACCGAAUCUCACCGUUUUUAAUAUCCUCACAUCAUUCAGUCAUUUAUUUAUAUCACUGAAUGUCUUUGGAACCGUCACCCAGGGUGAGAUAUCACAUGGUUAAUGCGCGCGCGCGUCUGAGAACCAGGAAUGAAACAUAUACCGGGUUUUAAAGAGAAAUGUCCAAAAUAUAAUAAUAAAGAAAUGAAUAUUGUCUGUGUAAUAACGCGUACAGUGUAACAGAGCUGAAAUCUGCUGCUGUAAAUGAGCACAUGAGAAGAGGGACAGUCUUGUGGCCUAAACGUUGUAGAAAGUUCAAUCUAAAACCCAGUAAAAGGAUGUCGGAGGGCUGGAGGUGUGACUCUGAGACUGAGGCAUGAGCAGAGGUUAGUGUCAGUCAGUGAGGCCACGCACAAAGAGGAUUGCACCGGAUUAGAGCGCAACUCCUACCACCUGAAAGUCGAGAGUCUGACUGUUGGGUUGUUUUGUUUCACGCCGUUUUACGCACCGGAAACGUCUUUACACACGGUGACGAGACAUAAAAAAAAAUCUAAAAAGUCAUCAUUGCGGAUAUCCGUCUGCAGCAUCUUGAGCAUCUCCAGCAUCUUGAGCAUCUUGAGCAUCUCCAACACGGGUCGGAAAAAUGACUCGAGCAUCCAGACGGACGUCACUGUGUGACUUGUGAGUGUGUGUCUUAAACCCAAGCGCGCGCUUCGAUUCGGACCUGUUGAGGCGGCGCGGCGUGGAAUGUCGUUGUGCACGAGCCCGGUGUGGCGGAGGUGAGCGCACGCUGUCCGUUUCCCGCUCCGGCUUAUUGCGAGGAUGCUGCGCUUCCCGGUAAAGAAAAUCAGAAAGCAGUUCAAGCUGCUACUGUUGCUCGUGCUGCUCACUUUCGCCGUGUGGUUCACCUACCUGCACAUCAACCAGGGCAAGUCCAUCCGACUACACUUCAACUACGGCAAAGAUGGAGAGAGGCAAGCAGAGGGGACUGACGCCAGUCACAAGAGAAACUCGCGCUCCUCAGACAGCCAUCACAAGAGUGAGGACACCAGCGACAGUCAUGAAGAAGACACAUCGGAGGAUGAACUUCAUGCUUCUGUGGCUGACAGAGAUCAGUCUAAGAUCCUGAAGUUUCUUGCUAAGAAGCACAAGAAGUUGCCAUGGAAACCCGAGUAUAAGGGGCAGGCAAACCUGCACGUGUUUGAAGACUGGUGUGGCUCAUCUACUGCUCAGCUCAGAAAGAACCUUCAUUUUCCUCUUUUUCCUCAUACAAGAACUAUAGUGAAGAAACUAGCUGUUGCUCCCAAAUGGAAAAACUAUGGCUUGAGAAUAUUUGGCUACAUACAUCCGUACAAAGAUGGGGAUUUCCAGUUUGCUGUGGCUUCUGAUGAUAACGCAGAGUUCUGGUUGAGUUCAGAUGAGAGCCCGCUCAACGCCCGCCUGCUCGUCUAUGUGGGCCAGCUGGGGUCAGAAUGGACAGCACCAGGGGAGUUUACCAAAUUCAGGUCUCAGGCUUCCAAGUCUGUCCAUCUCAUCGCUUCUAGAAGGUACUACUUUGAGAUUCUGCACAAGCAGGAUGACAAGGGCUCCGAUCAUGUGGAGGUUGGGUGGCGACCUUUCCUGCCAGGGCUAAAAUAUGAGGUCCUAGAUUCUGCAUAUAUCUCCUUGUACACAGAUGAGAACGGUUUGAAGAUGAACAGCGUGGAUCACAUCCCUCAGACGCUGGCCAGUCACAGCCAACUCCCUGUGGAGAGUCAGACCAGCAGGCAGCAUGGCGCCGACAUGCUGAAACCUGACCCUCGUGACACCUUCUUCAGGACUCCAAUGAUUGACCCUUCUCGGCUGGAGAACGUGCUGCCACCGUGUCUAUACUCACCCACGUAUGUGGUUAAAGACUUCCCCAUUGCACGCUACCAAGGCCUGCAGUUUGUGUAUCUAUCCUUCGUCUAUCCCAAUGAUUUCACCCGCCUCACACACAUGGAACGAGAGAACAAGUGUUUUUACCGGGAGUCGCCCAUUUAUCUGGAGAAGUUUGGCUUCUACAAAUACAUGAAAAUGGAUGAAGAGAAGGAUGACAGGCCAUUCUUUUUCCCCAAUCCUGAUGAUUUUCUUGAAGAGGAGGAAGGUGUGGAUCCUGAGGAUGAAGAGGAGAUUGUGGGCACUCCGCCAUCUGAGGGGGUCACACGCCAAAGCCAGACAAGUCACCCCUCGAGGCCUUCUCAUAAAUCAGGGUCUGAGCCAACCAGGGUGGAAGAAGAUUUGCAGCCAAAAAAGACAGUAGUGAGAGAGCCGAGGCAUUAUUUCCACAAGGACGAGCUGCUGCAUAGGGAUUGGAAGACAGGGGCGGAGCCAGAGGAUCCUGAUGGACAGCCUGAGAUGGCUGAGAUGGAGGAGGCUCAGAAAGAGAAUGUAGUGCAUGGUCGGUCUUUGUCUUGGAUUCAGAAACACAAAGAAGGAGCAAAAAGAAAAGAACACGCUCCUAAAUUUAGCCGAUCGUCUCUCUUGUUCCCACAGAAAUCCUCCCUCACAGCGCUCACCAACCGAGCUAAGCAGCUGCUGACCAACUCUGCCCAUGCUGGCCACAAAGACAGUACUCAUCGCGAUAAUGUUAAAACCCACCUGAAUCCCAACAAGGAGCGUAAGAAAGACAAUAAAAUCUACAUCACCAGACCCCGGCCUGGGAAUGAGAAAAAAAAUCCUGCCUCACAGCAGCCUCGAGAGGUAUUCCCUGGAGUCUUUCUCUAUCACAGUGGGAAAACAACCAAACUAAUGAACCUUAAUUCCAAGCCCAAGGUGAGGAAAAGCAUUCUUGGGGCAUCUCAGUUCCUCGCCAGACCCCCUCUUAGAGAAAACAGAGUCUUCCCUUUAAGCCCGAACUCCAGCCGUCAGAGUGCGGUUCGCCCGGCCUCCAGCAGGGCGGUGUCCACGAGUCACCCAGAAAAGAGCAAAUUAGCAGUUUCUCCAGCUAGUUCCAUUCUUCAUCAUGCUUCGCCUGUUACUCCUCCCUCAUUUCGCAAUCUAUCUUUGGAAAACACUCUGCCUACAGAACCUCUGCGGUUCACUUCCUACCUCCGGACCACUGAGAUCACUGAGACUCAGGUGAGUCGAGCAGACAUGGAGACCGAGCAGGAGGAAGAGGGCGAUCUAUCAGAGUACAGCUACGAGGAGGUGGAGCCGCGGCCAGGUUGGGCCGAAGAGGCCAUUAACUGGCAAAGGACGUUUUCUGUCAACAGUAUGGACUUCGAGACUUUGCGCUCUGACUGGAAUGAUCUGAGGUGCAACGUCUCGGGCAACCUACAGCUUCCUGAGAGCGAGGUGGUGGAUGUGCUAGCACAAUACAUGGAGAAACUGAAUGAGCAUAAUGGAGGAAUCUACACACUCUUGCGAAUUAUAAAUGUGGAGAAAAGGCGAGACUCGGCAAGGGGGAACCGCUACCUGGUUGAACUGGAGCUGAUGGAGAGAGGCCGGAAUGUAGUGCGUCUGUCUGAAUACAUCUACCUCUUACUGCACCGUGGCCGGAUCGAGGAUAGUCUGGAGACAAGCGAUGGAGUGACUGGCUCGCCCCCCUCCGGCCUCGUCUCACCCAGACCCUCCGCCUCCUCUCAGCCACUCACACGUUCCGCCCGUGCUACCCUGCGACCCGGGACGGUCUACGCCAAACCACUGCUGUGUCAGCCGGUCAUGCUGCAGUGGAAAAGAGAUGUCAUGGUGCACUUUGUGGUCCCUGUGAAGAAUCAAGCUCGCUGGGUCCAACAGUUCAUCAGUGACAUGGAGCUCCUGCACCACGAGACCAAAGACGAGAACUUCAACAUCAUCAUCGUGGAUUUCCAGAGUGAUGACAUGGACAUAGAGCAGACUCUGAGAGAGAGCUCAGUGCCGAGAUACGACUAUCUGAGGAGGGAGGGGAAUUUCGAACGCUCUGCUGGAUUGCAGGUUGGAGUGGACACUAUCGAGGACAGUCACAGUAUUGUGUUUCUGUGUGACCUGCAUAUUCACUUUCCCCUCAACAUCCUGGAGAGCAUCAGGAAGCACUGUGUGGAGGGCAGGCUAGCCUUCGCUCCCAUCGUCAUGAGGCUGGGCUGUGGAAGCUCGCCGCAAGAGCCCGAUGGAUACUGGGAGGUGAAUGGCUUUGGCUUGUUUGGAAUUUAUAAAUCUGACUUUGACAAAAUCGGCGGCAUGAACACUGAGGAGUUUAAAGACCGCUGGGGAGGAGAAGACUGGGAGCUGCUGGACAGAGUGUUACAGAAUGGCCUGGAGGUGGAGAGACUGAGAUUACGAAACUUCUUCCACUACUAUCACUCUAAAAGAGGCAUGUGGAACUCCCAGAUAAAGAAGAGCUCAAAAGGCUAAGCCUCAGCUCAUAUAUUUAUAUCUAAUGAAGGAAAAAGACUUCAUUUAAACAAAUGGGCUGUCCUGAGCAGUCACAUGACCUCUGACGCUUAUAAACCAUACAGGAGGGAUACACAUGGACAAGACCUGGCUACCUUCGUGUACGCAAUUCAGUCCAACACAGGAUCGCUCACUCACUGGACUCUUCUUUGUGCGUUAUGUGUGUGUGUGUGUGUGUGUGUGUGUGUGUGUGUGUGUGUAUGAGAGAUUGUUUGUUAGGACAGGAUUUUUUUAUACUUGAAGUAACAGUGCUUGGAAAUUUUUACUAUAAUUGACGAUAAGUGUGCAGCUAAACUGAGCUGCAAAAAGAAAGCGGUCUGCGCAGUGACUAGUGCAAAAACACCGUAAUGAUAUCGAGUUAGAUUUCAGGAGAAAAUUUUAGACAAAGUGGCUUGACGUGUGCCUCAUCAUGCUGUUAGAUAUGAAGGUAAUUGUGUAGAAGCUGUGGGUAGAUAUGUCCUCUGUGAGUAUAAGAGGUUUUUUUAAUGCUACAGCACUGAUUCCUGUUGAAGUGCAGGGUAAUAUUAAUGUAUUCAUCGAUCUUGAUCUGUAUACAUGUCCUAAUUUCUGCCAACUGCAGCUAACUCUGAAUUGCUGAUAGAAAUGAAUGAGUGUGUAUGUAGUGGACAGUUUGGUGCUGCUGAACAGUUAAUGGUUAGACAAAUCACCACUGUGUUCAUAUUUGAGGAGUGUGUCAGCCUGGUGCAUGCUCAUAUUCCCUUUUAUCAUGUUCUGACAUGGUAUCACAUCAGUACAUCGGGAUCAGUUACCUUUCCAUGUGCAUGGAAAUAUAUCCUGCAGAAAAAACACAAGGUUUCAGCGACAGAAAAAACGCUGCUGAAAGACAUUAACUGAAAAAAAAAAUGCAAUAGUUUUAAUAAUAAUGGUAUGAUGUGAGUUGUGAGAGUAGGAAUCAGAUCCAUAUUGGUACAUUACAGUGGAACGGAUUUUCAUCCCACAAACCCCCACACUAUGCCAUCUACUGUAAAAUGAUAGAGGAAAUAAUUACUGUUCUGAGAUAUGUGUUUAAAGGAAGAAUCAGUUCAGACAUGGGAUUUGAUUGUCUAGUGGUUAUUCGUGUUGGCCUCAUGCUUGGAAGGUCGUGGGUUUGAAUCCCAGGUCCACCAAGCUUCUACUGCUGGGCCCCUGUGCAAGGCUAUUAACCCAUAAUUGCUCAGUUGUUUAAAAAUAAGAUAAAAAUGUAAGUGGUUCUGAAUAAGGAUGUCUGCUGAAUGCUGACAAAAAUCAUUGAUGCCAAUCCGGAUAAGAAGACAUGUUGCCUCUCAGUUCAGAAACUUCCCAAUUAUACACCAGUGUUCUGGUUUUUAAGCCUACGCAGCAAAUGGAUGUAUACAAGCCAUGAAAACACAGUAUAUGGGAUGCACACACAUACACACACUUUUUCUCUUCAAGUCUGGUUAGUCAGUUUUUGGGAUGUGGAAGGAAACCGUAGUACCUACAGGACACAGACAAACACAGUAACCUGAGUUAAGACUUGAAUUGGGAUGUGGCAUUUGGCAGACUUACUUAUCCAGAGUGAUUUGUAAUCUCUAUCAAAAACACAUCCUUAUGUUAGUUUAUUAGAUGAGGGACUAACAGUACCAUCAGUCUGAGGAGGUUCUGAAAGUUAGUACAUUAUAAAAAAAUAAGAAAAAUAAAAAAUAAAAAAAGGAAACUUCUCGCAUAAGCCACUAGAGAGCGCCAUAUUCAUUUUGAAUUCACUUUCCACACGCUGUCAUGCUGUCCACCACAUAUACAGUCAUUGAUAAUACUGCACUAGUGUAGUUGGCUAACCGAGUUUCCUUCACCUAAAUACACUGUAUAAGUUAGAAAUCCUGCUGAUCAUUCGAACUGGACCUCAGAGAUUGAAACUGCUGAAAAUCUGAGAGCAUUUCAGGGUUUUGUUUUUUGUUUGUUUUGUUUUGUUUUUUUGGGUCUGUGUGCAUUAGAAGAGAAAGCUCUUGUAUAGAUCUAGAUUGUUUUACAGUGAGCUGUGGUUGUAGUCUAAAGGAUUUCCAGUAGGCAAAUUCUGUCUUCUCAUUGGCUGACGGUGUCAAGCUGGAUUUAAUGUGUUUUAAUGACAUGUGAACUGAUAUAUAAUGAGCGGAAAUUUAAUUAACUGUCGUAACGUUUAAAGAAGAGGAACGUGUGUCUGAGAUCACUUGAUCACAAGAAAAAUCACUUGAAUUGUCUGCCGGCUGUAUGCAAAGAUGACACUGAUACAGUAAACCCAGAGAUGUUAUGAGCUUUGAGUCUAAAGCAGUAUUUACACUGACAGGAAUGACCCAGCUAAUAGAGAUGUGUGGAACCUUUCAGCACAUUUCCCACUUCAUUCCAUACAAUACAGUUCCGUUAAACUCUGUUGACAUGCUGGUGUAUUCAAAACGGUCUGCUGCUUGUUGGCAAAAGGACGGUGCUUAUUAUGUCUAAGGCCGUCACAACGGCUUGUUUAAAAUACAUCAACACUUUCUAUGUGCCCUACCUUAACGAACGAAUCCUGCAGACUCGACCUGUUUUAGAAAUCGAGACCGAAUCAUUUUGAAUUCAAACAGGGAUCUAUAUUUCAAAAGUAAUUUCUGUGAAAUUGUUGUGUAGAUAAAUUUAAGAAUGUAUUGUAUUAUUUUUAUUUUCAGCCUUUUGGUUAUUUUUUUGGAAGAAUAAAGUUUUAUGCUGAACUCUCA